GGAAGCUGUAAACAGAAUAAGAAAGCUGAGAUGAAUCUUCCAACUUCAGUGGAGAUUGAACAGACAUUGCAAUAAGGUGAAAUGGCUAAAUAACUUUUCAUUUUGAAGCGAACUAUUCCUUUAACAGGCUCAUCGGAGCAGUGGGACUCUAGAGGUGGAAGUUGGAGGUGUGUGUGUGUGUUUUUGUCGGGGCGGAGUAUCAGUGAAUGAAGGGAUAAACGGAGUUUGUUUUGGAUGGGGGACAGCCGGGGGAAGAGCAGCAGAGGGAGCAGAGACCGUGAGAGAGUCAGCGGCCAGUAAACGACCAGCAGCUGGACGGAACCACGACGAAACCACGAUGUACUCCCAGCUCUGUCCGGACACCCUGCUGCUCAGCCUGCUGCUCCUCUGCAUCCCUGCGGCACACACAGCAAAAUGUCCGCAGCAGUGCGUCUGCGACCAGAUCCAGCUCACUGUGACUUGCGUCAACAAGAACCUGACCCAAGUUCCUCCCACUGUUGAUGAGAUCACUGUGAAAUUAGAUCUUCGAGGCAAUGACAUCCAGGAACUUCCUACAGGGGCUUUCAAACACACUCCCUACCUGACUCACCUGUCGCUGCAGCGCUGCAACAUCCGUAGGGUGAAGGAGGGGGCUUUCCGCGGCCUCGGUCGCUUGGUCUUCCUCAACCUGGCCACCAACAACAUUGAGAUCCUCUACCAGGAGUCAUUCGACGGCCUGUCUUCGCUGAAGCAGCUUAUGAUUGACCGUAACCGUGUGGAAGAGAUCCAGCCUGGAGCUUUCUCUCAGCUCGGCUUCCUCAACCUGCUCUCCCUUACACACAACCAGCUAGUCUACAUCCCCAACAUGGCCUUCCAGGGCUUGCAGAACAUCAAAUGGCUUCGUCUUAGUCACAACUCUCUGAACUACCUGGACACUGAGGCCUUCGCUGGUCUGUUCACACUCACCCGUCUCAGUCUGGACCACAACGAGCUGCAAUUCUUCCCCACUGACACCAUGACCAGACUGCCAGAGGUGACCCGUCUUGAUCUGAGCUACAACCCAAUGACUUACCUCGGAGAGGAGGUGGUGUCCAUGGCCAAACUGACCCACCUCUUCCUGGACCACAUGUCCCUGCAGGACCUGGCCAACACAGCCGUAUCGAAAUCUCCCAGCCUCAUUCACCUGGACAUCAGCUAUAACCAGCUGCGUGUCAUCCAGCCCUUUUCUGAAGGGUCACCCAAGCUGGCACGCCUCAACCUGGCUGGGAAUCCCAUCUACUGCAACUGCUACCUGCGCCCACUCAGGGAGUGGGCGAUCCGUAGCAAGGUGAAGCUAAUGGGGACAUGUGGAGGACCGGCCCAUCUGUCAGGAGAGAACCUGGAGGCCGUUUACCCUCCCGAGCUGCGCUGUCAGAGCCAGGAGGCCAUGUUGAAGGCAGAGUUGGAGGAGGCAACAAGGAUCACGCCACCACCCACUGAAGAGCCAGAGAACAAGGUCAAGUGUCCUGCUAACUGUGCCUGUGAGGCUGAGACGCACCACUCCUCAUGUGAGAACCGCGGUCAUACCAAAAUUCCUCUGGGUUUCUCUCCCAACACGCGUCUCCUUGACCUGCGUGGCAACCACUUCCACUACAUCCCUAGCAACAGCUUCCCCGGUGUUGCCCAGGUCGUGUCCCUACAUCUGCAACGUUGCAAGAUUGUGGAUGUGGAGGGCGGGGCUUUCAGUGGAAUGAAGGGACUGAUCUACCUGUACCUGUCAGAGAAUGACCUCACUUCUCUCAGCCCUGACGCCUUUAAAGGCCUCCCUCAGCUGACUUACCUCCACCUGGAGAAGAACCGCUUCACCGGUUUCCCUAAAGGAGCCUUUAAACUGGUGCCCAGCCUGCUGGCGCUUCAUUUGGAGAAUAACGCCAUCACCAAGCUGCAGCCCGACAUCUUGACCGGAGCUGAGGGCCUCAGAGCCCUCUACCUCACUGGGAACGCCAUUGAUCAUGUGUCACCCAGGGGUCUGGACCAGGCCAAUGACCUUGACACACUCCACCUGGGAGGGAACAAGCUGAAGGAGGUGCCCACUGAAGCGCUGAGCAAGGCAGGAAACCUCAGAGACCUGAGGCUAUCUGGGAAUUCAAUUCGCUGGGUGGGGCCAAAUGCUUUUAGACCACUGCAGAGGUCACUGAAGGAGCUGUAUCUGGAUAACAUGGGACUGGAGAAGAUGUCACAGAACUCCCUGGCAGGUCUGGGUCCAGGGUUGAGGAGUCUCUUCCUGGAGGGCAACCAGCUGGAGGAGGUGCCUAACCUCCACCCUCUCACUUCUUUGGAGGUCAUCAACCUCGCCGACAACCCUCUGAUGUGUGACUGCCCUCUGCUGCCGUUACGCAUGUGGAUUGAGAAAGUCAACCUGAAGGUACGGGCCACCUGUGCCAAUCCCCCUGAGCUGAAGGGUCGCAGGGUCAAGGACGUCCACAUCUUCAAAGCCUGCCCCGGAGGCGAGAGCCUCCCCUCUGCCGUCACCCCAAAGCCCGCCAAGGCACCCAAGGCAACCAAACCCAAACCAAUGCACCUCAACGGCCUUCAGCAGGUCAAAAUACUCAAAGCCAAAUCCAAACUUCGCAAAAGUCCCAACACAAAACCAGCAGCAGCCAAGAAAACCACCAAGAGACGCAGCAUGGCCUGAACCUGCUGCCUUUUGUACUGAUGUUUUGAGACAACUAAACUGGCAACGGUUGAAGAUUGAGGUUAAACCAUGGAUUUAACUCUCUAAAACUCUAACCUCUGCUGACUUUAAAAGCUGUAGAUGUUGAUGCUGUUUCACAUCUCCUGCCAGCCAGUUUUUUUUUUCUCCUCUUUGCUGUCUAAUCAAUACAGUGUUAAAAAAGGUCAAAACAAUUUUUAUUUUAUUUUUUUAUCAUCCAGGGAACCUACACUGAGCACAUAUGCUCUUUGUCAGCACUGCCCUGGUUCACAUUCACAGCAUUAGAUACACAUUCCAUCUUAUCAGGCUCCUCAGCAGCUCUGUUGGACGUUUUAGCAUCUUGAAGUGAAUGUCAUUAGCUUGUUACUUGCUUGAAAAUGUUUUUGGCUUUAAGCUACUUAUCCUUAACCACUAAACCACAACUGUAGAAUGUACUCAAUUCACUGAAUUUCAAGUCCCAUUUGUAAAGAUACCUUGAGACAACAUUCAAAUCAGCAAGUUGAGGAACAGUAUUUUUUUUAAAUCAAUGAUUUCAUAUUUACAAAAAAGAAUACAUGUGGAUAUAAAACAGGAAAAAAUAAAAUACAACAAACACUUGUAUGCAGUGUCAAACCAGAAUGAUCAAACAUUAAGACCUUCAGAGUCAUAUUUACAGGUUUGUGUUACAACAUAGAGGAAGUGAGGUAGUUUUAAAACUGGCUAAGCUGGUCAUUGUGAUCCACAUGCAUGUUGUCAUUAAGGUGUAUAAAAUAUUUAAAGUAAUGACCCUUAAGAUUUUCAUAAAAUCAAACCCUGUUUUUAAUACUAUUUAUGAUCAGCAUUUUUCAGCAAUAGCUAUUCUGUGCAUUUAUAUUCUAUAAUUCUCUAUAUAGUAGUUUUUAAAUUGGUAGUGGCGGAGUCCACCAUUCUUGCUCUGGAUUCAAAUUGUCUAUCGAAGCCAAACAGAUUCACAGGAAACAUGCUUGCAUGUAAUCCACUGUUAGUGUUUGUAAUUUUAUCUCAAAAAUAUCUGCCUCACUGUUUACUGUUCAGUCUCCCACAGCCGUAUCUGGGCUGUAUUAAGUUAAUGCUAAUGCAAACCCACCAUUUCCUACUGCUGCUAGAUCACAUUAAAAGUGUUCAUCUGGCGAAAAA